GGCAGAUACCGGAAAUCACUUUUUUUCCUUGACACCGGAAACCAACCAAUAAAUGUGACAUUGCACAUGCGCAAGCCUCUCGUGCGUUCGACCUCUACUGCAAACCGACUUCGGAUAAACUCCAGCUGCUGUGGGUGACCUGACCAGAACGUCCCAUCGUAAUGUAUGCCUGCUCUAAGUUCGUCUCCACGCCCUCUCUGGUCCGUGCUGGAUCCAGGGCGCUGUACAGACCGCUCUCAGCAGCAGUAGUGUCAGACGGCAGGAGAGCAGAGACUGCUUCGCUUCUGGCACCACUGAGCGGCAGUGUCUCCCAGCAGCAAGUGGCGUUGCGGGGAUUCCAAACCAGCGCCGUGAGCCGUGACAUCGACACUGCUGCCAAGUUCAUUGGAGCAGGAGCUGCCACUGUGGGAGUCGCUGGAUCUGGAGCCGGAAUUGGGACGGUGUUUGGCAGCCUUAUCAUUGGAUAUGCCAGGAACCCCUCUCUGAAGCAGCAGCUGUUUUCUUACGCCAUCCUGGGCUUCGCUCUGUCUGAAGCUAUGGGUCUCUUCUGUCUGAUGGUUGCAUUCCUCAUUCUGUUCGCCAUGUAAAACCAGCUGUGAAAGGAUAACUCACAAUGUUAACAAGAAUAAGCAGUUUGAACAGCUGGGUGAUUGCUGGUUAUCAUGUUUAUCUUUGUGUUCUUGAAAGAUUGUGAAUCCAUUCAUGUAUGAAACUCUGGCAAAUCAUUUCAAGGACUGUUGUGUCCUUAUUGUAUAUUUAAUCAGCCGUUUUUGUCAACAAACAUGCAACCAGUAACAGAAAUAAAAUGUUUAAUUCCUCAA